ACCAAUAGUGUCCACUGCCUUUAAAAGUAACGGAAAAUGCAAUCAAUUACCUCAACAAUCACUGUUAAUGCUUGUCAUAUUUAUUUAAUUUAAUCAGAGCCUUUGUAAAGACAAAAUAGUACUCUGUUCUGACGUCACAUGUUGAACUAACGAUGACAACAAUUAAUAGUUUCAUCAUUCCAUGAUCACCUUUAACUUUUCAGUCUUAGACUUAAACGUCUUCAGGAAAAUGAAAUAAUCGACACUGCUAAAUCCUUGGCUUAGUCAAAGGCCCAUCGCUAAAAUCCUCGUAAAAUCUGAAAAGCCCCCAAUAUGAUAUCUUGCCCAAGUCGUUCCUCAAUUUCACAGUUUCAGAGUGGCAGAUCCCUCGCUAAUCCUGUUUGAUUCGGCAGGCUGGGCUGUGAGCCUGUGACAUCUUGCCGUGCCAGGGCAGCGCGGUAUCCGUUUGGCAGAUCGACGUCCCUUGCGGUGAUUUGAUGCACCGUACCGAAGAGAACGAUCACACGGUUGAAGAACGAUGAACUCCGAGCGCAGUGCAUCACAGGUCGAGCUAUCAUGGAACUUGGUAGGGAGUCAAUCUUCAGUUUAGUCCUACUCUCUGCACAAAAAGUGCAAACAGAAGUAGCUUGUCAAGUUCAUGAUGAGUGAGCCCUGGCAACAUAUUCGAUUCGAUUCUCUGACAAACUUUGGGCCGACUAUAGUAUUCGACUAUACUAGUAUCAGUAAUCACGGUGUAAGAUUUCAAUGUAUUUAGACAACAAGACGUGUAGUUUUUAACAAAGAUUAUAGGUACUAUAAAGUGAUAGUUUUACGUUACAAUUUCAAACAACUUAUUGUUACUUAAUAUUUACCGGUCUAAUAAUAUGAAUUAAAAUUACAGUUGGUUUUGAAAAGAUUAGUCACAAACUAAAACCCUUUGUGGUUCUAGAAAAAAUACUGGAUACAGGAUAGAAAUCCCAACCUAAGUUGCAUUUUGAAAUGCACAAUGAGCAUUGUAUACUUUAUCAGAGGGCCUUUUUAUAAUUUGUCAGACUAGGGAACUAUACAACUAGCCACUCAGCCAUUUUUAGUUUCAAAGAAACGGAAGCGAAAAUGUCAAGUUGAGCUCGCAGUGGUUUCAAAAUUGAUCCGAAUCAACUGUGCGCUAAGCUGCAUCCCCGGGGUCAUGUGUGUCGUUCCCCCACACCCUCUGUCCACUUCGUGUAAGGGUACCUCGCGUGGCCACACAAAAGUUAAACCUCUAAUAGACUAAUUGAGGUUCAACUCCCCAGCGGUCAUCCUCCAUGCCACCUCCGGUGAGGUUCGGGGACAGUUUGAGGCUUUCUCAUGGUUUGAGAAGCAAUGACGUCAAUAGUUUUCAAUCUUUCUACUUAUGUUUUUAAGCAGGACAAUAAUUGCAAGAAACUAUUAAAUCCUCAGGCGGCUUGCAAUUGUUGAUAUUUGUUUUCUGAAGUCGCCGUGACAUUACGGUGGCAAGGGUCGGUGUAACAUGGAAUGCCGGCCGAGCUUGGCCGAGAAGGCAAACCAAUAUAAUUGGUUAAACGACUGUUCGUCUCUACAGCAGUCAGCCACAUCCGAGAUUAUCCAAAUACUUCCCAUAGCAACUGCAUACUCUGGAGUGAAUUUGCUGAAGCAACCUUCAUUGGCUGUAUCUCUACAGCUUCGAUAUCAGUAGAACAGCGGGAAGGGGUAAGAAACGACAAUAUUUGCUUAACUAGUAUCAGUGAGACCCAUCACUAUCAUCUGAAACCCAUCAGUGACAACGCUGAGCAGUCAUAUAGAAUGUUUGGACGCAAGCAUCUUUAGUGAACAAUCGCGUGGGGGAGAGUUAGGGGUGAAGGUUCAAUGCUUUGUCACGGUUUACGUUUCAUUUCUCUUAUUGACUGAGGGUAUAUGCUGAGCGCGGGAAACGAACGGAUUUGGCGGGAAAGCGACUUGGUGGCGAGGAGAGAAAUCAUGAUUGUACUAAGAUCAGACGUUCAUAGUUCAAUGAUGAGUUUGUCAUCAUAGUCUAAAGCAGGAAGCUGGACGUUGAGUGACAGUGCUUUUUACCAGAUAACAAGAAUUUAUCUUUAAAGUGGAAAACACCAGGAGAUACCGAAAUCACGAAAGCCAUACAGUGAAGCCUGAACAUGUUGCUACUGUCCGGGUCAACCGCUCCGACCCCCGGUGACAUCUUCACCCCAACAACUUUUCCAUGGACUGGGAUAUCGCCAGGUGUGGAUGCGGUCCUACCCGGGCCAGGAUGCACCGGCCUAUGGGAGCCCAUCCAGAGCAUCGUCUUCCAAGUGGCAUGUCUUCUCUUCGUCUUAGGCUACCUUGCUCCAUCAACUGGCUUCGCUGCCAUGUUUGUCAUGCACGCUUUCCUGAGCUUUGGUUUCCUCACUUUGUCCCUAUGGGGUUUACUAUACAUCUGCGCCAUGGAUGUCUUCGCCUGGAAUCUUGUCUUCUGUGUUCUCAAUAUCUGCCACGCUGGGUAUCUCGGGUACCAGAUCCGACCCGUCCAGUUUACAAGAGAAGAGAGGGACUUAUACAAUGCCGUCUUCAAGCCGUUCCAGGUGCCUCGUAGCGUCUAUAGGGAUUUAUGUGACAUUGGUAAAACUAGCUCCUUGAAGAUCGGUGAACAUUAUGCUGAGCAGGGAAGGACGCCUUGCAAUAGACUCUCAAUUGUCAUCUUUGGAAAGGUUAAAGUAUUUUCCGAUGGAGAUUUUCUUCACAACAUCCAAGAAAAACAGUUUUUAGACUCGCCAGAGUGGGAAUCAUUCAGCCAGAAUGAGACGAGCGACAAUUUUCAGGUUACACUGACUGCCACUACCUACUGCCGUUACAUGUGCUGGCAACGUGAUAACCUGAAACAGUUUCUAGAAACCCAGCCCUACCUAAAACAAGUCUUCAGUAACAUCAUCGGGACCGAUAUUACCAAAAAACUCUACCUCCUGACGGAGAGGAAUCUCAACGACCGAGGUUCACGGGCUGACAUCCGGUUACCAAGCGUUGCUAAGGAAGCCUCGCCCAACCAUGACCUCAGAGGUCACUUGGCAGCCGGUGGGAUGGGUGCGUGUGGAGUCGGGAUACCAGUCCUUGGAAUCAGUGAAAAUCAGGACAGUGCGCUCCAGGUGCCUUACUAUCAGGAGUACGCUCGGCCUCGCCAAAGGACGGACACCAGUGACUCAGUUUAUGAGAAUGACAACGGAUACUCAAGGCGAUAGUACAUGGUGAACCCAAGUUAGCACUGGCCGUCUGGCUGUAGCAGUGUGGGACCUAUUGGCGUGUUAUGUCUACCCACAUUGAACAGAUCAGAAAACAGUGGUCAACCAUUAUAUCGUCCCCUUGUGGUGCCCGGGAAAAUUGCAUAAGAAAAAGAAAUAAACCAACAACGAGUCGACUGAGUCAAAAAAGCUAACAUAAAAUGCUUAUAUAACGACCACGUAAUAAGCUUUCCUGAAGCUUUCAGAUGAUUUUGUCUCUGAAAGCAGCGUUGUAGUAAUUUCUUGCCUUUUUAACGUAUAUCAUUUUAGGUGUGUUUUUCUGUGUAUGUCUAUGCUUGUUUGCCUUUUUAAAUUGUUUAGUGAUUUGUAUUAUCUUCUGUGCUUUUUUAUAAGCCCCUCUUGCCUUA